UACUUGAGUUUUUAUUUGUAUUUCGAUUAUGUAAGCAUGUGACACGGCAGCGUAAAAAAUCAGAGCUUAUUCGUUAAAUUCCAAAAAUACGAGGGACGACGAUAGAAAUAGUUCAAAUAUAUAUUCGUCGCGUAACUCCGCGGAGAAGUGGAAGAAGUCUCCAUGCAGGAUCAUGCAAAUCGUUGCGUGUCCCGUUUUAUGCCUCGCAACAUCACGCGAACGCGUUCUAAUCGGCGAUCGAACGUCGGCUCUCUCGCGGAUUGUCUUCCUUCGCUCUGAUCUUUAGAGAGCGUGGCUUUUUUCCCCCCUGAGGUAACAUCGCGCGAAACAAACAAAAUUCCAAAUCGCCAGGCCACGUUUAAAUGUCAGGCGUGAACACGCAAGUCCAAGCCGGCUGCACUUUCCUCCUCUCCUUUCUCUCUCUCUCUCUUUCUCUUCCAAACGAUCACGAGGUGUAUCUGUCUCGUUACAGUAGAUAGUCUGACAUCAUGCAGUUCGAAUAAGAGAACAUUUAUCUUGUUUCUCUUUAAUGGACCUGUCAAUAGGCCUAUUCUUUUUAGCUAAAACUUCUUGUGCAGUUUAUCUUUUCUUUUUCUGUUCAACGUGAAAGGAAAGAGAGGAAAGAACCGUGCAACAAGUUCAGUUAAAAAGGCCUGAUAAAAUGCCUGGUUUGUCUCCUGCUUUCUCUAACGAUUGUCAUUGCAAUUAAGGAACAAGGAGCUAAGUGAAAUUUGAUUUUUUUUCAAUCCUCUGUCGAGCUCCACGGUGGUCUCUCGUACAUACAUCUCUCAAGUGCUCAUCAUCAUUAUAUAGUCAUCACCGCACUCAACGAACCAUAUCGAUCCUUUCUACGUACGGUCCUUUGAACAAUGAAACGAUUCUUUUAAUAGACCUAGAUUAUUUCUCACAAAUGAGCGAAAAUGAAAUAAAACGCAUUUGUUGAUUGAAAAAGUAUACCGCGGUCUCUCGCGCGGCUAGCCUUGCGGGGCAAGGAGGCGGAGGGAGGAGGGAGGGACACCCCUCCGUCAGCGGACCAUCUCGCCAUUCUCACCAUCUUCGCAUCAGUUCAGUGUCAGUGUUCAGUUGGCGUAGUUUAGCCGACUGCGAGCCGCGACGGACGGCGGUAGCGGUAGCGAUAGUCGGAGUCGGGCGUCGGGCAGUAGUGGCGUAGCGUUCGCGUUUGUAAAAUGGCCGAUCACAGAGAACGGGAUUAUUACUCGCAGACGGAUCUGCGCUCGAAGAACGACGACCCGCCCAACUCGCGGCUCUUCGUCAUUUGCCACAAAAGCCUCGACGAGGAUGACCUCAGGAAGGCGUUCGAGAAGUUCGGCAAGAUCGAGGACAUCUGGGUUGUUAAGGAUCGCAACACGGGCGAGAAUAAAGGUGUCACGUACAUCAAGUUCUCCAAAACGUCAGAGGCGGCGUUCGCCCUGGAGGAGAUGAACGGCAAGAUGCUGGGCUCCGUCGGCAGGCCAAUUAAAGUGAUGAUCGCCUCGAACCGGGAUCAGGGUUCCGUGCGCGAGACGAACGAAGAGGAGAGGUGGGUACGCUUAUUCUGCGUAUUACCGAAAACAAUGACUGACGGCGAGCUGCAACAGGAAUUCUCCAAGUUCGGCGUGAUCGAGUACGCCACUGUGGUCAAGGAUCGCAGCACGAAUGAAUCUAAAGGCUUCGGCUACGUCAAAUUCAAGAAGGUGUCCAGCGCGGCACGGGCGUUCGAGGAGUGCGACAGGAAGUACAAGGCGGUGUUCGCCGAGCCGAAGAAGCCAAAACCCGAUCACAACGAAGCCAAGUACAACAACGGACUGUCCAGUGCCACGUACGACGGCUCCAGCGGGAGUUACGGCUCCUCGAACUUUGGCAAGAGCAGCAUCAGCCUGGAGAUCGCCACUAACUAUUCCAAUUCGGACGGUUACACGCGUCUGCAGGUGAUCGCGCAUCCGGCCCUGAAUCAGGACCAGCUGUGGAAGCUGUUCGACAUAGUGCCUGGGAUGGACUACUGCCACUUGAAGACCGACGUGAGAUACAGGAUGCCACGCGGUCAAGCCGUAGUGGUGUACAACAAUCCGAGCGCGGCGGCGUACGCGCGCGAGAAGUUUCAUGGUUUUGAAUAUCCGCCUGGUCAUCGGAUGAUCGUCAAACCGGAUCUAACGAGCCCUCCGCCGAAAAGCACGUCGAAACCCGGCGGAUCGACGACCGGCAGCGUCGCUAGCGCGAGAACGGAUCUGGCGCAUCUGGCGGAGACCAUUGCUCAAGCCACGUCGUUGAUUCAAGCGGCAGGUCUGACUGCACCGAACCACAUAUCCGUGAAGCUCCCACCAGUACAACCGAUGGCGAGUAUAGACGCUGAAGUUGCUAAGAGAUGUUUCAUCGUGUGCGGUCCACCGGUGCCGCCUAUCUACGCUAUGAAGGAUGCGUUUUGUAGGUUUGGGAACCUAAUAGAUGUAUAUAUGUUACCCGGCAAGAAUUGCGGGUACGCGAAAUACGCCAGCGUCAGCAGCGCGAACGAGGCCAUUGAGGUUCUGCACGGUCAAGAAAUCUGUGGUUCUCGGCUGAAGGUGCUGGAGGCGGAGGAACGAAACGUUGGCGAGGACCGACGGAAACGGUUACGAAUGGACGAGGACGAGAAUUGAACGUGUUUUAAUAUAAAAUGCGUAUCUCACCGACGACUGGUAUACACAAGCCGGACGCACGCAACAAAAAGAGACGAAUUUAAAGACUACUACUCACUUGACCACAUCAAGGGCCUGCAUCCAGGGAAAACUACUCCAACUACCUACCUAUAUAUAUUUAACUGUUCGCUUACGUUCGCGCAGCUGCAACUCUCUACGUUACUGAAACCUUUAACUGCUACUCUACUACUACUGUUACUUUUUAUCCUCUUACAUGGCCGUUCACAAACGAUACGUUGCUCGCGCGGACGACCCGUGUUUCUGUUACUUUAAGAGGCCUGUGCGAACGGCCGAUAUCGUUGAGUGCUUUAUUCGCUGUGCACCUGUGCACCAUGUAGAAAGCGUCCUUUCCACAUCUGGACAUGCGGAAGUGUACGCUACCUUCCUUCGGACUUUGCAAGGCUCGGAGGAAGCAAAGCGUGAAUACAUUGACGAGGUGCACAGACCAAUUUGUUUCCCAGACUGAUUUUCAUCUAUAUAUAUAUAUAUAGCUAAUAUAUAUUUUUACCCUUCUCUAAUCUUUUAAUUUCUAGCUUUGCACUUCUUCGAAA